GCCCCGGGGGCGCGCACCGGGGGGAGCGGGGGGCGGCCCCGGGCCUGGCCCGGCCCGGCCUGGCCAGUCCGGCAGCCGCGCCCCCGGCCCGAAAUAGAGCGGGGCGGGGUCGGCACCGCCAUGGCGAGGCAACCCGCAAAGACGCUGUGGUACGACCGGCCCCGGUACGUGUACCUGGAGUUCUGUGUGGAGGACAGCACGGACGUGAAGGUGCUCAUCGAGGACCACCGGCUGGAGUUCAGCUGCAAAAAUGCAGACGGUGUGGAGUUCUACAACGAGAUCAACCUAUACGCCAGAGUCAACUCCAAGGACUCACGGGAGAAGCGCUCUGACCGCUCCAUCACUUGCUUUAUGAGGAAGUGGAAAGAGAAAGUGGCCUGGCCACGCAUCACCAAGGAGAACAUCAAGCCAGCCUGGCUCUCCGUGGACUUCGACAACUGGCGAGAUUGGGAAGGGGACGAGGAGGUGGAGAGAGCCAUGGUGGAACAGUACGCAGAGAUGCUGGAGAAGGUGACAGAAAAAGGCCCCCCUCCAGCCAUGGAUGACCUGGAUGAUGACUGACACCCACGCCCCCGGGGACGCCGCGGGAGUCAGCCGGUGCCCCGGCAGCACGCACCGGGGAGCAGCGCGGGCAGGGCUCUCCGAGGAAGCGGAGCCGCCUCAGCUCAUGCAUCGCCACGGGCAUCGCUCCCGACCCGCGGUCCGGUUUCCCGUAGCCGGCUAAGCUGGCGGGGCACGGGGCAAUAAACGUGAACUGCCGCA